AUGGAGGCUUGUCUACGUCAUCUUGCCUUAAUUGUUCUAAAUUUAUUGACUUGCUAUUCAGUUGAAUAUACAAAAAAUGGCGGACGUGUCAACCUACCCUCUUGGAGCAACAAUCCAGACCUUAUGGGUACAGUGAACUGAGACGGACUCUAAGAAUCAAAUUCAGGCUCAAGAGAUGUAUAUACUGUAGGUUUUGGUUGCCUUCCUGUGGUUGAAAAUGGAGGUGCUCAACAACAUGCUUUGGAUCCGAGGUCCAAUGGGCAUUUUUUUUUAUAGAGAAACUGGGGGUUUCGGCUUAGGCUAUAUUGGGGUAGUCUUUUUCCUGUAGCUUUCGAAGAAAGGCAUUUCGGCACCCCACAGACUCCAAGGAGAUCCUCCCGUAGUAACAAAAAUCCAUAGCCCUUCCACUCAAGACUGUAGCCGCAAGGAGGAGACAGAAGAUACCAAAGUGGCAUCCACCUUCAGGGAAAGACCCUAUGGGUUGGAGUCGAAAAGCGGUUCAACCUCCCGUACGAAAGGUCUUUGGUGACUGCAUAACCAAUAUGGCUAUUCCUGCUAAGUUUAAUCUCAUAUUCACUUGACCCUUCAACUAUUGUGAUGGCUAUCAACUCUGGAGGCUCAGCUUACACUUCCUUCUAUGGGUUUUCAUAUUCUGCCGAUACUUAUUCAACUGGAGGGACUAUUUAUGUAGUCGGUGGCUCUGUAGCUAACACCAAGGACGAUUCUAUGUACUUGUCUGAGCGAUACGCCAAAACUAGCUGGGGAUAUAGCCUUCCUCUCAGCACAGAUGGGACUUAUGUGCUAAUUCUCCAGUUCUGCGAUAUUUUAUUUACGACUACAAAUAUAGCGUUUUCACCACUAUAGAUCACUAUGACUUUCAAAAUAUAUAAAUUAUUUUGCCUAUGAAUAUUAAAUACUGCAUAGUUUUUUCUAAAAACCUGGUGAUUAUGCAGGAAAAUAUUUACCUGUAGCCAUUUAAAUAGAUUAGAUAUACCAGAAAGUUUACAGUGAAAAUCGGAAGCUAUGUUGUAGCCAAUAACCUUGAUUUAGUAUAGCGCUUUCCCGAGGAUGGCGCGGAAUGGCGCCAUCCUCGGGAAAGUCAACUAAGCAUCCACACGGGAACUGGGGAGUUCCACGUGUGGAUGCCAUUUUUGACAUGUGGGAUCCAAACUUCCACAUGUCAAAAUGGCAUCCACACGUGGAACUCCCAGUUCCCGUGUGGAUGCCUUCCUGGCUUUCCCGAGGAUGGCGCCAUUCCGCGCCAUCCUCGGGAAAGCGCUAUAGCUACUGCAGGAGCUUUAACAGCUUAUGAUAUAUUCACAGAAUUCACGCUUUCAAGUGGCACAGUUUCAAUAGCCGGAAGCGCGAUAACAGGUGCUUAUACAGGUGACAAAUUGAUCGUUACUUUUAACCAAGUUUUGCAAAAUCCUCAACUUUCAGGACUAAUCAUAUACCCUAGACUCUAUUUAGAAAACUCUUUUCGGCCAAUAAUAAGCAUAUAUCCCUAAAAAAUUAAUAAAUUAGGAAUUUUGGCAGGAAAUUAUAUUUUUCUUUCUUUAUAAUAUAAAUUUGAUAUAAAAAAAUCCCUAUUCAGCCAAAAGAAUUAGUAAGUGGAGACUGCAGCGUGGCUGAUUACUGUAAUAUGUGCUAUCAAGCAAGAUGCAUGGUAUGCAAUACGCCAGCUUUGUCUUGCACAAUUUGCAUUGCUAAUGCUACUCCUGUCAGUGGAGUAUGCCAGUGUAAUGCAGGAUAUUACUGGGUGACAACAGCAAGAACGUGUGUUGCUUGUGAUAAUUUAUGUAUAUCUUGUAGCUCAGAUAAUUUUAUUUGUGCAACUUGUUCAGGCUCAAAUGUAUUAGUCUCAAGUGUUUGCUUAAGAGCUUGCCCAUAUGGAUUUGGCACAUCUUGCGCUUCAGUUUCAACAGCAAUUAUAAGCCAAAACUUUGCUGAUUAUUUUUUAGGAAUUUAUGGGGUAUUUAGAACAGGGACAAGCACAAGCAGCUAUUACUUUUUCAACUCUCCUGAAACAGAAGAUCCUAUCCCAGCUAAGAGUCGAGGGCUUUACUUUUCUGGAGGCUCUUAUCUUCAAACAACGGCUAUAGUUUAUAUUUCUCUAAAUUUUUCAAUUGGGAUGUGGGUUUGGAUAUUAUCUGGCUCAGGAGAUAUAUUGACAAAUAGUUCUGGAUAUAAAAUCACGAUAUCUGCAAGCGGAGUGAUGACAAUUAUAUUAGAAAGUAUAGCAGAAACAACGACUACAGUAUAGCUUGGAAGGGUUUUAGCCUCUCAUUAGAGAUUAUAGGACUCUUUUGUGGCUAGUCAAUAUAAUAAAUAUUUCUUAUUAAGCUUGAAAAUUCAGUCUUAAUUGCCGAAAUUAUGCAGGAUUAUCACUAAGACGAGCCAACAGGCUCGGCUUCUGAGCCAAUAAGCUCCAAACAAAGCUCAAAGUCUUCUCAAGCUAUAACAACUGCAGCACUUAACCCUUCAAAUUCAGCCUGAGUUUACAUUUCUUUUAUAGUCUCAUUUUCAUCAGCCACAACUUCUACAACAAUUGUCCCUUACCUCAACAAUUCUCCACAAGCAUCCGUAACAUCCAGCGGGUAUAUAUAUAGAGAUGCUAUCAAUAAUUAUUUAAUCCUUGGAAAAAGCUCUUUAACCAAUUUUUUAGGGUAUAUUUAUCAAUUUACUCUAUGAAAUGCAGCUGUUUCAAAUUUUAACACUCAAUACUCAGACCAAAUAUGUGGCACAGGGGCAGUCGCUAACUGUCUUUGGACAUGCCCAUUAUCUCAGUGAAUGAAUGGGGCAACGCCUACAAAUUGCAACUCAUGCACAAAUGGGUGUGUCAGAAAUGUAUCCUGCAAUGUUUGUUUUGACCCUCUUUGUAGUGUCUGUACAGGAUUCUUGACAGGCCUAUGCACACAAUGUGUUACUAAUGCAUCUGGGGCUCCUUCUUCUUGUGCUUGUAGUGCGGGAUAUAUUCUCUCUUCUGAUGGGUUUUCAUGUGUUCCUUGCUAUACAGGAUGUGCUUCAUGUACUGGGACUUCUUAUUAUCAGUGUAGCUCCUGCCUUUCAAGCUAUUAUUUAUUAAAAACAAUGUGUCUUACUUAUUGCCCUUCUGGAUAUACAGUUGAUUCAUCUGGGCAUUCUUGCAAUUUAUCUACAUCCAAUCCUUUAAGUAUUGCUUUCCAGAAUUUGAUUCAAUUGGACACAGUAAGCGGAGUUUCAGUAGGAUCUUCAAAUACAAAUAAAUAUCCGACUUGGGAAACAACUGAUCCAAUUCCUUCAAUUUAUAGAGGAUACUAUUUCUCAGGUAAUAAUUAUAUGAGCCUUGCAUCAUUUACGAUUAGUCCAUAUUUUUCUCUGCUAAUAUGGAUAAAGCCUCUAAGUGAUGGAUAUUUAUUUAUGAAGUUUGAUGGCACAACAAAGUAUUCUUAUGUUAGUAUAUCGUCUGGGAUCCCUUCGAUGAAUACUCUUCUAGCAGAUUCCAAUUUACUUAGUGUAAGUGGCUCUUCAAGUAUUUUAUCUGGGUGGCAUUAUAUAGCAUUUACAGGUGGCCUUUCAUCUGGGAAUACCGUUAUAUCUCUAUCAAUUGAUGGAGCUUCUAUCUCUUCAACUACUUCUGCAUCAUCCUCUUAUUAUAAGGAUCUUGGCGCACUUUACAUUGCGAAAGACACUACUGCAUCUGGAGGCUUUACUGGGUUCCUAUGAAGUCUAAAACUUUAUAAUGACAAUACCUAUGCAGCUCAAGAAUGGAAAACUUCAGGGUGUCCUAUCGGCUGUACUAUCUGUCCUUCCGAAUUGAAAUGUCCCGACAGCUGCCCUUUUGGACAAUUUUAUUCAAGUUCGUGCACAUCUUGUACAGGCUCAUGCCCUUAUGGGUGCAGAUCAACACUGACUUGCAGGCUUUGCAAGGAUAAAGAAUGUCUUGAGUGCACAGCUUUUGAUGGUCCUUGUACGUCCUGCAUAACUAAUGCAAGUAUCUCAGGUGCAACAUGUGUUUGCAAUAAUAACGCUUUUUGGGAACAAAGCUCAGAUGGGUGUCAAAUUUGUGAUAAUUUAUGCAGCCAAUGUCAAACAAAUAAAUACUUUUUAUGCUCAUCAUGUGGAUCGUAUUAUCUUGUUUCAAAUGUUUGUCUAAGAAGCUGCCCUUAUGGGUUUACAAGCCCAUGCGUUACAGUUGCAUCUCCUGUUAUAGAUGUAAGUUUAAUGGAGAAUUUCAAGGGAUUUACUCAAUCUUCACUACAGGACUUAGUUCAAGCUCCUACUGACCAAGCAUAA